GGUCCGUGUUUACACAUGCUCGCACUUUCACGUGAGGCAUAUUAUUACCGUUAUAAUGUCUUCGAAGAAAAAUAAAAGUAAGUCGAAGAGGACUAAUGAAGGGGACGGUUCCCUGGGGCUGAAAGAGGAGGUUUUGAGUGACUCCUCUAACCUACAAACCCCCGCACGCGACGGAGGAAACAGCAAAAGUCUGAACAGCAACUCAUUCACUGUCAUGGAUUUUAUAGAAAAGGCUGAUGAUAAAACACCCAAAAGCUGCAGAACGUCCUUAGCCCAGAUGAGCCUCAAUUCAAUGAAGUCUGCGGGCGUUUGUAUCGGGAGACCAGUCCUACUGACGAGUCCCACAGGACAAGAUGUGUGCUUGGGUUGGCCUGUUGCCGCAUUUCCAGGUGGAAGAGUUGGUCUUCAGAAAUGUGCGCAGAGUAACCUCAAAGUGAAACCGGGGGAGGAGGUGACAGUGCAGCCGCUGACGGGUCCUGUGCUUCAGGCUCAAGAGGUGGUUCUCUCUAACAAGUCAAAAGAUGACACACUCAAUACAGAUGAGUUUAAGAACUUCUUCUUGCGGUCUUUAGUUGGAAACAUCAUUCUGCCAGGAAACGUCAUCUCCCUGAGUUACUUCGGGCGGUCGUGCAGCCUCCGAGUUGAGACCAUAAGAGGAGAGGACGGCGUCACCCUCCAGAGACCCCCUCCUCCCCCGGGACCAGGUCCUGAUGUGGACGAGUCCUCCUUGUCCCGCUCGGUGCUGGACUCGACCCCCACUGACCUGUCUCUGCAGCUGAGUUUGCUCACAGUGGAAGACAGCGAUGACCAGAGUAUAUGUGCAGACCCAGGCCCUGCAUACAGCACCCCACAGAGAACAACCCACCCCCCCUCUCUGUCCUCACCGCCUGCACCCACCACGCCUUCCUACAACUCCCAGAAUCCACCUGGAGAGUCAGGGGAGAAUACAGUCAGUCUGGAGAGCACACAGGGCUCAGAACAGACAGAGAAAAUCCCAACAGCUCCCCCUGGUGGAUGUGUGAGUACUGACACCUUCUACCGCCUCUGCUCUUCCACUAAAGUCAGUUUUAGAGACAAAGCAGGGCAGGAUGAUCCAGAUGCAGAGGAUAAAAGGUCAAAGGUCACAUACAGCAUGAUUGGCGGGCUCAGCAGCCAGUUGGAUGUGAUCAGAGAGACAAUUGAACUUCCACUGAAACAACCGGAGCUGUUCUCCAAAUACGGCAUCCCACCCCCACGAGGAGUCCUUCUGUACGGCCCCCCAGGAACAGGGAAGACCAUGAUAGGACGAGCCAUAGCCAAUGAGGUGGGAGCUCACAUGACCGUCAUCAACGGGCCAGAGAUUAUGAGCAAGUUUUAUGGUGAAACAGAAGCAAGACUGAGGGAGAUUUUCAGUCAAGCCUCUCAGAAGCAGCCUGCGAUAAUCUUUAUCGAUGAACUGGAUGCCCUGUGUCCAAAGCGGGAGGGAGCACAGAAUGAGGUGGAGAAGAGAGUCGUUGCUUCUCUUCUAACUCUGAUGGAUGGGAUGGGUUCCGAGAGUCACUCAGGUCAGUUGUUGGUCCUCGGGGCCACAAACCGGCCCCACGCCAUCGACCCCGCCCUGCGCCGGCCCGGACGCUUUGACAAAGAACUGGAGGUGGGAGUCCCUGGUGCUGCAGAGCGUGCAGAUAUUUUGCAAAAGCAGCUGAACAAAGUACCGCACAGCGCCUCCGCCGAGGAGCUGACGCAGCUGGCGGACGCCGCUCACGGAUACGUGGGAGCGGAUCUCGCCGCUGUCUGCAAAGAAGCAGGUCUGCAUGCGCUGAGGCGAGCGCUGAGGGGUUCAAACCAACUGUCCGACCAGCAGCUGAUGGGGAAAGUCACUGUCACUCUGCAGGACCUCCAGUGGGCCAUGUCUGUAGUGAAGCCCAGUGCAAUGAGGGAGGUCGCUAUUGAUGUCCCCAAGGUCCGAUGGUCCGACGUAGGCGGGAUGGAGGAGGUGAAGUUGAAACUGAAGCAGGCUGUGGAGUGGCCCCUGAGGCACCCCGAGGCCUUCACCCGCAUGGGGAUCCAGCCCCCUAAAGGAGUCCUGCUCUACGGACCCCCAGGCUGCUCCAAGACCAUGAUCGCCAAGGCCCUGGCCAAUGAAAGUGGACUCAACUUCCUGGCUAUUAAAGGGCCAGAACUACUGAGCAAGUACGUCGGAGAGUCUGAAAGGGCAGUGAGAGAGGUGUUUCGGAAGGCAAGGGCUGUCGCACCCUCCAUCGUCUUUUUUGAUGAGAUUGAUGCUCUCGCCAGUGAAAGAGGAAGCUCCUCAGGCUCUGGUGGCGUAGGCGACCGGGUCCUGGCUCAGCUCCUGACAGAGAUGGACGGCAUCGAGCAGCUCCGAGACGUCACUGUGCUGGCCGCCACCAACCGGCCCGACAUGAUCGAUAAGGCUCUGAUGCGUCCAGGUCGCCUUGACCGAAUUGUCUACGUGCCUCUUCCAGAUGCUCCAACCCGGCGGGAAAUAUUUUCCCUUCAGUUCCGUAACAUGCCUGUGGCUGCAAAUGUAUCCCUCGACGACCUGGUGUCUCAGACCGACAAAUAUUCUGGAGCAGAGAUAACAGCAGUAUGCAGAGAGGCUGCCCUCCUGGCCCUACAAGAGGACAUCAAAGCCCGGCACAUCGAGGCCAGACACUUUGAAAGUGCCCUGAACACUGUGAAGCCCCGGAUCCCCGACUCUCUCAUCCAGUCGUAUAUCAGCUAUCAGCAGCGACACAGCGGCCUGUGCUUCUUCUGAACGCGACUCUCAAACCUAAGAUGUUCUUUUCUCUUUGUACGUCUGACAGUAUUUACCCCAUAAAGCCCCAGACAGCCACUGGUGACCAGAAACAUCCUGUUGAUCCACUAAUCCUAUCAAUACAUUUCAAUACACAUGUGCUUUAGAACUUACAGAUCACAGUGGAUCUACAAAUACACAAAACAUUUAACAA